UUGUGCAUUCUGCCGAGUGGCAGCAUUAUUUUUGUUCAGCGGACUGCCGCCCUGUCCACUGCCCCUCUCCCUGCCGCUUGCCUGGAUCUGGACUUGCUUUGGGCUUCUUUUGGAUUUGCUUAUUUUCAACUCUUAGAAAAUUUGUGAAUUUUUAACUGUGAGCUGCUAAAGUAAAGUCCGACAUUGUACGUUGGAGGAGAGGCCCUCAGGAUGUCAGCAUCGGUACAUCUGUCCCAGAAGCAGCAGAAGCAGCUGCAGCUUCACCAGCAGCAGGAGCAGCAUCACUAUGAGAGCAGCAGUCACCUGAGCACCAAGGCGUCUGUUAGCCAGAAGUCACACAUCAGUUACAAGACCAGCCAUCGUCAGAAGACCACCACAAAGACAGAAAAGGGGCAGGAAGUGAUUAAAUUAAGCCCACUGCCCAAGAGAGCCAAGCGCCCCUACCUGGCAAUGGACAUGGACAAAGAAGUCAUCGGCUAUGUUAUUCCGGUAUUUAGAAGCAAUCACGAUGAGGUUCGGCGUCUGAUGGAGGCCCAGGACGAGGAGUAUGCGGAGGAGGGGAUUAACUAUGUGGCCAUGAGGAACUUGUUUGUCAGGGAGGCUCAGGAGGCUCUGGGUGUUAAAGUGUCAAAAAAGACCAGAACAACCCACAUCAGGGAAUCCAUUCAGCACAUGGAACUGAGCCACACGAUUGAGGAGCGAGUAAAGAUGCGUAAGAAAAUGAACCAAGACAGCCUGAUGCACUGUCCAGAGUUCAUACUGAAGCCCCGUGGACAGACUGUGUGGGAAGGAGAGACCGUCACACUGCACUGCACUGUGGCCGGCUGGCCAAAACCAAGAGUUGCCUGGUACAAAAACAAUGUGCUCAUUGACGCCAAGACCCACUCUGAGAAGUAUACUGUGGAGAGCAACUACAACAUGCACUCGCUGGAGAUCAAGAACUGUGAUUUCUUGGACACCGCUCAGUAUUUAGCCUCUGCUCUCAAUAUGAAAGGGGAGACCUCUUUUGUGGCUACAGUAGUUGUCAAAAGAUUCCAAGAGGACAAAGAAGCACACCAACUCGAUUUUAAACCACAUGGUUACAGCCCCGAGCACGGCGUUACCUUUGAGACGGCAAUCCUUGACAAAUUUGGAGUUGCCUUUGGCCGUGAGGGCGAAACACUAAGUCUGGGUUGCACCGUGAUUGUUUAUCCCACAGUGAAAAAAUACCAACCUGAAAUCGUGUGGUACAGAGACAAUGUGGCCUUGAAGCCCUCUAAGUGGGUCCAGACCCACUGGACCGGCGAACGUGCAACACUCACCCUUUCCCACCUGAACAAGGAAGACGAGGGCAUGUACACGUUGAGGGUUAACACCAAAUCAGGCUUCGACACCUACUCUGCCUACGUGUUUGUCAGAGAUGCCGAUGUGGAGGUGGAGGGGGUUCCAGUGGCCCCUCUGGAUGUGCGCUGCCAUGAUGCCAACAAGGACUAUGUGGUGGUGACCUGGAAGCAGCCGGCGACGGAGGGCAGCAGCUCCAUCCUGGGAUACUACGUCGACAGGUGUGAGUUGGGCACCCUGCACUGGGCUCAGUGUAACGACUCACCCGUCAAGUACGCCCGUUUCCCCGUCACGGGGCUGGUGGAGGGACGUUCUUACAUCUUCAGAGUGCGGGCUUUGAACAAGGCGGGCGUCAGCCGUCCUUCCCGAGUCUCUGAGCCUGUAGUAGCCAUGGAUCCCUCUGACAGAGCCCGCCUCCGGGCUGGUCCGUCAGCUCCUUGGACUGGAAUGAUCAAAUUCACAGAGGAAGAUCCCACUGUGGGCGUGGUCCCAGGAGAACCCACGGAUGUUGUUGUUACCGAAGCAACUAAAAGUUAUGUGGUGCUGGCCUGGAAGCCCCCAGUCCAAAGAGGUCAUGAAGGGGUCAUGUAUUAUAUUGAGAAGUGUCUUGCAGAGGCAGACGUCUGGCAGAGGGUGAACACCGGCAUGCCGGUCAAAUCUCCACGCUAUGCCCUGUUUGACCUGGCAGAAGGAAAAUCCUACAACUUCCGUGUACGAUGCUGCAACUCUGCUGGUGUGGGCGAACCUUCUGCACCCACUGGAGAGGUCACUGUUGGAGACAAACUAGAUGUGCCCUCAGUUCCAGGCACUCCUGUAGCCACCAGAAACACUGACACCUCAGUGGUGGUCUUCUGGAGUGCAUCUAAGGAUGUCAAACACCUGGUGGGCUACUAUAUUGACUGCAGCAUAGUGGGCAGUGACGUCUGGGUGGCGUGCAACAACAAACCUGUCAAACAGACCAGGUUUGUUUGCCAUGGCCUGAUUACUGGGGAAACGUACGUCUUCAGGGUGAAGGCUGUUAAUGCUGCGGGGUACAGCCAGAGCUCCUCCCAUUCUGAUGCUGUCGAAGUGAAGGCUGCUGUCUCUGUUCCUGGAAAACCCACUGAUGUGACUCUGUUGGAGGCUGUCAAAGACUGUAUGGUGUUGGGAUGGACUGCACCUGCUGACAAUGGAGGAGCUGGUCUCAGGGGAUAUUUUGUGGACUACAGAACUGUGAAGAAAGGCGUUGUUGGGAAAUGGCACGAACUGAACCACCAGGCAUUGAGUGCAACCUCCUAUAAAGCUGAGAACCUGAAGGAGAACGUGUUCUACCAGUUCCAGGUGCGAGCUGUGAACAUGGCAGGUGUAAGCAAAGCCUCUGUGCCCAGUGCUCCUCUGGAGUGUAAGGAGUGGACCAUUACAGUGCCAGGUUCUCCGUCUGGUCUUCGUGUGCUGGAGGUCCGUGACUCCUCCGUCGUAAUUCUGUGGGACCAACCUGCAUAUGAUGGCCGUAGUCCUGUUAAUGGCUACUAUUUGGACAUCAAGGAGGCCACAGCUGGAGAAGAGGGCUGGAAGGCUGUCCAUGAGAAGGUCAACAGGAUGAAAUACAUGAAAGUGACGGGGCUGAAGGCUGGUGCAUCCUACGUCUUCCGUGUGCGCGCUCAAAAUCUUGUUGGAGUUGGAAAGCCCUCAGCAGUCUUCGGACCAAUCGUGGCCCAGACUCGCCCCGGCACCCAUGAAAUUGUUGUGGACGUCGAUGACGAUGGUGUAAUCUCUAUGAUUUUUGAGUGCUCAGAGAUGAGGGAAGGCUCUAAAUUUGUUUGGUCUAAAAAUUACAAGGUUAUCACAGACACUUCUCGCCUGACGAUUGUCACUGAAAAGGGCAAGUCCAGAGCAAUCUUCAACGAUCCGUCCCUGGAGGACUUGGGCACAUUUUCUUGUCUGGUCACCAACACUGACGGCAUCUCCUCCAGCUACACCCUGACAGAGGAGGGCCUCAAGCGUCUUCUGGACAUCAGCCAUGAUCAUAAGUUUCCCGUUAUUCCCUUUAAAAAUGAAAUGGCCAUGGAGUUGCUGGAGAAAGGCCGUGUCAGAUUCUGGACUCAGGUGGAGAAGUGUACGUCAGCAUGCCAAGUGGAGUAUGCGUUUAACGACGCCAUCAUUACUCAUGGACAGAAAUACACAAUGCAUUUUGACAAGUCCACUGGCAUCGUUGAAAUGUUCAUGGACUCUCUGGAGGUCACUGAUGAGGGAACGUUCACCUUUAACCUGGUGGAUGGAAAGGCUAAGGGUACAACUAGUCUGGUGCUCAUUGGAGAAGAGUUUAGGGAACUUCAGAAGAAAUCUGAAUUUGAGAGGGCAGAAUGGGUCAGAAAACAAGGUCCUCAUUUUGUCGAGUAUCUUGACUUCGCCGUUACUGCUGAAUGUGACGUGUUGCUGAAGUGCAAGAUAGGAAAUGUCAAACCGGAGACUGAGAUUACCUGGUGCAAGGACGGCAAUGAGAUUUUGGCCAAUGAGGCGGACGCAAAGAAAAUUGGGAGAAAGGACGACAUGCUGACCUUUAAUAUCGGAAAGAUGUCUAAAAAGGAUGCGGGUCUUUAUGAGGUCGAGCUGAGGGACCAGAGAGGCAAAGAUAACAGCGCAUUCAGCCUGACGGAUGCAGGCUUCCAGGCUGUGAUGAAUGAGGUGUUCAGAGUGAUUGCUACCUCCUGUAGCGAUAUCAAAGUCAUGUGCACUGAGCGUGGCAUCAUCCUCUACUCUUUGGUCAUAUAUUACACUGAAGAGCUGCGCGUUGGUUGGCUCCACAAAGAAGCCAAAAUCUCUGCUUCAGAGAGAGUUAAAUCAGGAGUCACGGGAGAGAAGCUUUGGCUUCAGAUCAAUGAGCCCACUGACAAGGACAAAGGCAAAUACACCAUGGACAUCUUUGAUGGCAAGGGGAGUGUAAAGAGAACGUUUGAUCUAACUGGGCAGGCAUGGGAAGAGGCAUAUACAGAAUUCCAGAGGCUCAAAGCGGCAGCAAUCGCAGAAAGAAACCGUGCUCGUGUUGUUGGAGGCUUGCCAGAUGUGGUUGCAAUUCAAGAGGGCAAGUCACUGAACCUGACUGGCAACGUGUGGGGUGAGCCCGUGCCUGAGGUAUCCUGGACGAAGAACGACAAGGAGCUGCAGUCCGACGAACAUUGCACGCUCAAAUUUGAGCACGGAAAAUUUGCCAGCAUCACAAUCUCCGCCGUCACCACGGCCGACUCUGGGAAAUACGCCCUGCUGGUCAAAAACAAGUAUGGAAAAGAAGCCGGCGAGUUCACCGUCAGCGUUUACAACCCAGAAGAGGAGGAAGGCAAGGAGGAGAAGAAAGAGUGAACACAGCAUGCAGAAAGGAUGAGCGGCUGGGCUAUCUCCGGAGCGGUUUACCCCAGUACAUGCUGGUACUGGAAAACAGUCUGAAUAAAUGAUGAGUGCAGGAAGAAAACACCGGCGCUGCAUCUUUCAUGUACUGGGUUAAAGAGCUCUGAGCAUUGCUUGUCGAAGAGGCAAACGGUGAAUGUGAUGGAGAGAGAAGGACAGUGUGCUCAGCAUGUCUUCUGUCACGUCUGGCUGCCGUCAGCAGUGAAAAUAAUGUACAAACACAGGAGAUGAAAUUGUCUGUCAUGAAUUCUUAUGGGGAAAAAAAAAAGAGUACAAGACCAGGAAACCUGCAAAGCUGCUGUCUUUCAUUCAGUUAACCUUUGACCUCUCAAACCAAGGUAAACCUAAGGUAUGUGUACUGUAAAAAAAAAA